UAAUAAUGGACCUCAGGGCCGACAGGGACCACCGGGGCCACUUGGAACCCCGGGUGCACCUGGAGCUCCAGGACCGAAUGGGUCAGCAGGACCCCACGGGAAUCAAGGACUUCCUGGACCUGGUGGCAUCAAAGGAGACAAAGGAGAAAGAGGUGACAUGCAAACCCCAGCAGCCGUGCGCACUAUUGCACGCCAAGUAUGUGAGCAGCUCAUUCAGAGCCACUUGUCUCGCUACAACUCCAUCCUCAACCAGAUCCCAGUCCAGUCAGACGUGUCCGUGCGCACAGUACCAGGACCGCCCGGUGAGCCCGGUAGAAGAGGUCCCCCAGGAACCCAGGGAGAACAAGGGUCAGCCGGCAGGCCUGGUUUCCCUGGUUCUAAUGGGCAGAGUGGACGACCAGGAGACAGAGGUCCGCCUGGAGCGAAGGGCGAGAGGGGGAGUCCAGGUGUUGGAAAUCAGGGACCAAGGGGACCCCCUGGACCGCCAGGUUUGCCAGGCGAGGGGCGCACAGGCAGCCAGGGCCCUCUCGGUCGCCCUGGUAACCCCGGGGCACCUGGGAGGCCGGGCAAUGCUGGGACCGCCGGACCAGCUGGACCUCCAGGAUACUGUGACCAGAACUCCUGUUUGGGGUAUAAUGUUGGAGUUCAACAGGACUACGGCAAUGAUUACUGAGGAGCGUGGUGUGCUGGUCCUCCUCCUCCUCCUCCCUCCUGCGUGUCCUGUCACCUCAAAGAGCAACUCCUGUAGGGACUCUUGGGAACGUUUCAGUUCUCUCUUCCCCCCCCCCCCCCCCCCACCCCCCCCUGCGCGUCUCGGAGUUCCUAAAUCCCCGCCACCGUGGCUCGCUAUCAAAAGAAGACGUGAGCUGCAUUUCCGUAUGAAGCGCUUUGCUAUUCCUGGAUCAGCGAAACACAAACAAACAGACAAAUUCUAA